AUGCCACUGAAACAUUAUCUCCUUUUGCUGGUGGGCUGCCACGCCUGGGCUGUGGGCUGGGCCAACCAUGGCUGCCCUAGAGAGUGCACCUGCUCCAGGGCCUCCCAGGUGGAGUGCACGGGGGCGCACAUCGUGGUGGUACCCACCCCGCUGCCCUGGAACGCCAUGAGCCUGCAGAUCCUCAACACGCACAUCACCGAACUCAACGAAUCCCCGUUCCUCAACGUCUCGGCCCUGAUCGCCCUGCGGAUUGAGAAGAAUGAGCUGUCCCACAUCGCGCCCAGUGCCUUCCAUAAGCUGGGCUCACUGCGCUACCUCAGCCUCGCCAACAACAAGCUUCAGGUUCUGCCCGUCAGCGUCUUCCAGGGCCUGGACAACCUAGAGUCGCUCCUCUUGUCCAGCAACCAGCUGGUGCAGAUCCAACCGACUCACUUCGCCCACUUCAGCAACCUCAAGGAGCUGCAGCUGCACGGCAACCACCUGGAGUUUAUCCCCGACGGGGUCUUCGACCACCUGGUGGGCCUCGUCAAGCUGAAUCUGGGCAAGAAUAGCCUCACCCACCUCUCACCCAGGGUCUUCCAGCACCUGAGCAACCUCCAGGUCCUCCGGCUGUAUGAGAACAGGAUUUCAGACAUCCCCAUGGGCUGUUUUGACGGGCUUGGCAACCUCCAGGAGCUGGCCCUGCAGCAGAACCAGAUUAGUACGCUGUCUCCUGGCCUCUUCCACAACAACUGUAACCUCCAGAAGCUCUAUCUGUCCAACAACCACAUCUCCCAGCUGCCCUCCAGCAUCUUCAUGCAGCUGCCCCAGCUCAACCGGCUCACGCUCUUCGGGAAUUCCCUGAAGGAGCUCUCUCCGGGCAUCUUUGGACCCAUGCACAACCUGCGUGAGCUUUGGCUCUAUGACAACCAUAUCGCCUCCCUCCCGGACAAUGUCUUCAGCAGCCUCCGCCAGUUGCAGGUGCUGGUCCUCAGCCACAACCAGAUCAGCUACAUCUCCCCGGAUGCCUUCAAUGGGCUGGUAGAGGUGCAGGAGCUGUCCCUCCACACCAAUGUGCUGCAGGAGCUGGACGGGAGUGUCUUCCGCACGUUGGCCAAUCUGCAGAACAUCUCCCUGCAGAACAACCGCCUCAGACAGCUCCCGAGCAACAUCUUCGCCAACGCCAAUGAACUCAGGACCAUCCAGCUGCAGAACAACCAGCUAGAGAACCUGCCCUUGGGCAUCUUCGAUCACCUGGGGAAGCUGUGUGAGCUGCGGCUCUAUGACAACCCCUGGAGGUGUGACUCAGACAUCCUUCCGCUCCACAAUUGGCUCCUACUCAACAAGGCCAGGCUGGGGACAGACACUCCCCCGGUGUGUUUCAGCCCAGCCAAUGUCCGAGGCCAGUCCCUCAUCAUCAUCGAUGACAAUGUUGUCUCCAGUGUCCAGGGUUCAGUGGUCCCCAAGGUGUCCACCCACCCAGAGACACCCAGCUACUCCGACACCACCUGCGUCUCCUCCACCACUGACUUCACCAGUCUGACCACCAUCAAGACCACCAGUAGCCGUGACACGGGGGGCAUGACCCAGGCCCAGAGCGGGCUGACCAUUGCUGCCAUUGUGAUUGGCAUCAUCGCUCUGGCCUGCUCCUUGGCUGCCUGCAUCUGCUGUUGCUUCUGCAAGAAGAGGAACCAUGCAGUCCUGAUGCAGAUGAAGGCACCCAAUGAGUGUUAA